AUGGUUCUCGCCAUGCUGGGGGCUCUGUACCCCAAGGCUGGGCUCAGUCUUUUCCCCUUCUACCUCAUCCUGGCAGCUGCACUCCUUCACCCACGGCCCCUGAGGUCUCAGCGAUCUGUUCCUGAGGAGUUUUCAGCCCCCUUGGAACUCUCACAACCCCUCUCCAACCUGGUGGAUGACUAUGGUAUCCGACCCAAGCAUCCGUGGCCCCGACCUCUCCUCUCCCAGGCCCAGCAGCGCAAGCGGGACGGGCCUGACAUGGCUGACUAUUACUACGAUGUACACAUGUGAUGGGAACUCUGGAUAAAGCUAUUUGGACAGCAAA